AACAUGCAAUGAUAAUAUAACAAAGACAUGUCCCAGUGUUAUCCACAUUAUCUGUACUAUAUUUGUGAAAGCAAUUUGGCAUAUUCUCCCCACUAUUAUCAACAAUUUUGGACAUAUAUAUAUAUAUAUAUAAAACAAAAUACAUCUUAUUAUUUUUCAACAAAAAGAUUUCUUAAGCAUAUAUCAAAUCAAAGGACCAUAAUUUAAUUGUGCCGCAGCUACCUGCAACCAAAAAAAGCAUUUCAUAACUAUAAGAGAACUAAAUUCACACACACACACACACACACACACACACACACACACACACACACACAGAGAGGGGUUAUCUUAAUCCAAUCCUCUCUCACUCAACCUUGUUCAUAUUGUAUAAUCAAUAAUGUAACUUUUGUCUUGUUUACCUUAUCCUCAUUGUCUAUACUUCCAAUAUUAGCACCCCAUAAUAGUACCAAACACAACUGCAUAAACUUCUCCUUCACUGCAUAAAUCACUCGAAAAAAUCACAACAAACUCCGCCCUUCUUCCCCUCCAAAAGAAACACCGCCACCACCCGCCAUGGGAGACCCUCCGAGCCCCUAUGCACCACCACCACCUCCACCACCAAGACAAAACCUACCCAUGCUAUACUACGGCCUCGUAAUCAUCUGUACAGCGGCAAUUAUCCUCGCUCUCUACAAUCUCGUCAUAGUCCAGUGGUGCACAGACAUGACCAACCGUGGGUCCCGACAGAGGCGGGCGGGCGGCCCCACCUCCAGCUGGCGGUUUCGUAACUCGAGCGUAAACCCUGUUCCCAGUUUCAAGUACAAGAGAGAAGAUGCAGAAGGUGGGGAUACUGAAUGUGCAGUUUGCUUAUCAGUUUUCGAAGAAGGUGAAGAACUAAGGCAAAUGCCGAAGUGCAAGCACAACUUUCAUGCUCCUUGUAUUGACAUGUGGCUGUAUUCCCACAUGGACUGUCCCCUUUGUCGUUCUCCGGUGGGUCCGCCGGGUCCCGUUCUCCACUAAUCGGAGCAUUCUCAUCUAGGUGCAGGCACAUUGGUUUAGAAUAAACUAAUCCCUUUUCGAUCAACCGGUGUCAUUGUGUAUAUAAACAAUAUUCUUUUGUCAAUAUUACGGUUUAUGCAAACAUGGCAUGAAUUCUGAUGAAAGCUGAUUUGUCAGAAUUCUUAUAGUAAAUUGUUCGAUCUAAAAUUCGAUUGUUUCUAGUUCAAAAAUUUUAGUCUUGA